UAGAGCCAACUAAAAUUGCCACAGUCCAAAUGCAAUCAAACUCGUUAACUCCUGGUGAUGUACAUGGUAUUUGGUUAAAGACUUAAAUUUCUUUAUCAAAGAUAAAUAUUCCACUCUCAAAAACAUUAAUAAAAAAUAUGGCUAAACGACAAAAACACAUUUUUAUGAAUCCUGUAUCUGAAUCAGCAAUUUAUCUUGAUCCACGCUAUCAACAUUCAAUGUCUGUUACAUCAAAAACCAACACUGUACUUCAUUUAGUGAGUACCUAUAAUUUAAUGAAAAACAUAAAAAAUAAUAAUGAUACAGUCCAAGACCAAAAUACUGAUGAAUCUAUAACAGAAACUAUUGAAACUACUAAUGAAAAUAUAGAAACAGGAUUGGAGGAAAAUGAUCCUAAUAAUUUUCAAUUAUACUUGCAAUCACUAUCACAAGGUGUACCUUCAUCAUCUCAAUCUUCUUUAUCUAACACAGAUACUAUUUCUAUUUCAACCUUGUCACUUCUGAAUUUAUAUGACAACCAACCUAUACUACCACAUACAGAAAGUAUUUUGUCUUACUGGGAAAGUAAAAAGUUUGAAUGCCCUGAACUGUAUGCUCUUUCUCAUGUGGUUAUGGCUGUUCCUACAACACAGGUAUCAGUAGAAUGCUCAUUUUCGUCUCUCAAGUUUGUGUUUGGAGAUUUAAGAUCCAGAUUGGGUUUAGAACUACUGGAGAAAAUAAUGUUGAUACGAGCAGAUACGACCUAACCUAACCUACAUAUUAUAUUAUUUAAUACUUGUUAAGUAUUUACAAAUUAUUAUUUUAUUUA